AUGUCUUCUCGGUCGCUGAGCACAUACCAGGGCUUCACGCCGGCAGUGGAGACUGAAAUCAGAGACAUCGCCAAAGAAAUACACCAGCUGCAAGAAGGAACGUCCUCAGAUACUCAAAAUGCCCUUUACCGGUUCAUGAGCCAUGAGUCCCAGGUCAAUGGCGAAAAUCCCAUAACUUCGACCGACCCUCGGCUUGAUCCCAACAGCGACGGCUUCGAUCUGCGCUUCUGGGUGAAAAAUCUACGGAAAUUGAUGGACCUGGACGACGAUUAUUUCAAGCCAGCGCUGUUGGGUGUAGCUUACAAAGAUUUAGGUGUGUACGGCCACUCCACAGAUUCUGAUUACCAGGCUACGUUUGCUAACGUGAUUUAUAAAACAGCAAUGCAGUGGAUCAAGGGCCACAACAGAAAAUACAGAGAGAGCAUCAGGUUUGAUAUUUUGAAGCCAAUGGAGGGCCUCAUCACUCCUGGUGAGCUUACGGUGGUGCUAGGCCGUCCAGGGGCUGGGUGCUCCACAUUUCUCAAGACAUUGGCUACACAGACCCAUGGCGUCAAGGUAGACGAGAAAUCUGUCAUUCUGUACGAUGGUUUCACUCCUCACGACAUUUCACACCAUUUCCGUGGAGACGUGGUUUAUUGUGCAGAGGUGGAGAGUCACUUUCCCCAUAUGCUUGUGGGAGACACUUUGCAGUUUGCAGCCAAACUUCGAACACCGAAAAACCGCCCAGCUGGAAUCUCCAGAGAAGACUAUUCCAGACACAUGGCUGAUGUGGCAAUGGCUACUUAUGGGCUUUCUCACACAAAAUAUACCAAGGUUGGUAAUGACUUUGUGAGAGGUGUUUCUGGUGGUGAACGUAAAAGAGUAUCGAUUGCGGAAGUGUACCUUUCUCAGGCCAGCUUGCAGUGCUGGGAUAAUUCCACCAGAGGUCUUGACUCGGCAACAGCGUUGGAAUUCAUUCGUGCCUUGAAGACGUCAGCUACCAUCUGCAACGCUACUCCCUUAGUGGCCAUCUACCAGUGCUCCCAAGACACUUAUGACCUUUUUGACAAAGUGGUAUUGCUCUAUGAGGGAUACCAAAUCUUUUUUGGAAGUACCAAGGAUGCAAAGGACUAUUUUGUCAGGAUGGGCUGGCAUUGUCCACAAAGACAAACCACAGCAGACUUCUUGACAUCUUUGACGAAUCCUAGUCAGCGUGAGCCUCAAUACGGAUGCGAAGAAAAGGUUCCUAGAACUCCUAAGGAGUUUUACGACAGAUGGCAGAAGUCUCCCGAGCGUGCUAAACUUCUUAACGAAAUCGACGAAUACCUCUCAUCUGAGACCAUCAACGCCCGUGCUCAAAGGUUUGCUGAACACCAUCAUGCAACACAAACGUCCAGAACUAGAGCGAAGUCUUCAUACACCGUUUCUUUUGACAUGCAAGUUAGGUAUAUCAUGCAAAGAAAUUGGCUUCGACUCAAAGGUGACCCGUCGGUGACAGUUUCAAACGUUGUCUGCAACAUUAUCGUGUCGAUAUUUAUUGCCACAAUAUUCAAGCACCUUAAGUUCAACACAGAGUCAUUCUACUCCCGUACUGCGGUGCUUUUCUUCGCUGUUUUGUUCAAUGCGUUCUGCUCCCUUUUGGAGGUCUUUUCUUUAUACGAAGCAAGACCCGUUGUGGAGAAGCAUAAGAAGUUUGCCCUAUAUCGCCCUGCAGCAGAUGCACUAGCGUCUAUCAUAACAGAGCUCCCGCCCAAAAUUAUCACUUCGAUUGGGUUCAACUUGAUUCUUUACUUCAUUGUCCGUUUGAGACAAAGCGCAGGGCACUUUUUCUUUUACUGGCUCAUCAAUUUCACUUGUACCUUGGCCAUGUCACAUAUUUUCAGAAGUAUCGGUUCGGCAACCACUUCCUUGCAACAGGCAAUGACACCGGCAUCACUUUUGCUUUUCACGCUUAUUGUCUUCACGGGUUUCGUUAUUCCUCCCAACAGCAUGCAUGGAUGGUGUCGUUGGAUCAACUACAUUGAUCCUGUUGCUUACGCCUUUGAAAGUCUAAUCACAAACGAAUUUCACGGCAGAGAGUUCCCAUGUGCUUCGUUAGUUCCUCGUGGAGGAAGCUAUCCUCAGAGUGGGCCAAAUGUUGUUUGUGGAGUCGUCGGAGCAGUUCCAGGGAAAUCAACGGUCAACGGGGAUGACUACAUUGGCCUUUCUUUUGAGUACUACAAUACUCACAAAUGGAGAAAUUGGGGCAUUCUCUUAGCGUACACGCUCUUUUUCCUUUGUGUUUACAUCACAUUGGUGGAGUACAACAAGGGGGCAAUGCAGAAUGGAGAAAUUUUAGUAUUCCAGCACAAGGCUUUGAAGCAGGAAAGAAAAAGACGGAAGGAUAUCGAAACUGGCGAGGUAGAAAGAGUCAAGGCAGAAGAGAAAUUCUAUGAUGCCCACGACUCAGAGCACUCACAGUCCCUGGGUAGUAACAAGCUCCCUGUGUCUAAUGAAAUCCUUCAUUGGCGUAGGCUUCGAUAUGAGGUCAAGAUAAAAUCGGAACAGAGAGUGAUUCUUAACAAUGUCGAUGGCUGGGUGAAACCAGGACAGGUGACUGCCCUAAUGGGCGCCUCAGGUGCUGGAAAGACUACCUUACUUAACACGCUCUCAGAGAGGUUAACUUCCGGCAUCAUCACUGACGGAAUAAGAAUGGUGAAUGGUAAAGCAUUGGAUUCUUCCUUUCAAAGAUCGAUUGGGUACGUUCAGCAGCAAGACUUACAUUUACAAACUUCCACUGUGAGAGAGGCACUCAAGUUUUCUGCCUACCUCCGUCAGCCGUCCUCCGUGUCAAAGAGAGAAAAAGAUGAGUAUGUGGAGUAUAUCAUUCAACUUCUCGAAAUGGAGAGGUACGCAGACGCAGUGGUUGGUGUACCUGGUGAAGGACUCAAUGUGGAGCAAAGAAAGCGUUUGACAAUUGGUGUCGAACUCGUUGCUAAACCACAAUUGCUUCUUUUCUUAGAUGAGCCCACUUCGGGACUAGACUCCGAGACCGCCUGGUCUAUUUGCAAACUAAUUCGGAAACUUGCUGAUCAUGGUCAGGCCAUCUUGUGUACCAUUCAUCAACCAUCUGCUAUUUUGAUGAAGGAGUUUGAUCGCCUCUUAUUUUUGCAGAAGGGCGGUCAAACUGUUUACUUCGGUGACUUGGGCCACAAUUGCCAAACACUUAUAGAUUACUUUGAGAAGUAUGGUGAUGCCAAAUGUCCCCCUGAAGCUAAUCCUGCUGAAUGGAUGCUAGAGGUGAUUGGAGCAGCUCCAGGCAGUCAUGCCGACCAAGACUAUCACCAAGUCUGGCUUCAGUCGAGUGAAUAUGCUGAUGUUCAAAAGGAGCUUGACAAUAUGGAGAAAGAACUAGUGAAGAUUCCCAAAGAUGAUGAUCCAGAUAGGCACAAGUCGUACGCAGCAGGGUACUUACUUCAGUACUUAUUGGUGACAAAGAGAGUGUUUGAGCAGUGCUGGAGAACACCCUCGUAUACUUUAUCAAAAGCUGUCUUGGCCGUGUCCACUGCUUUAUUUAACGGAUUUGCUUUCUUCAAAGCAGACAAGACUCUUCAAGGGCUACAAAACCAGAUGUUCUCUGUUUUCAUGUUUUUCCUCGUUUUCAUCACACUAUCGCAUCAAUACCUUCCCCAUUUCGUCGCUCAAAGGUCGUUAUAUGAAGCCCGUGAAAGACCAUCUAAGACAUUCUCAUGGUUUGCUUUCAUUUGUGCCCAAAUUACCGGUGAGAUCCCUUGGAAUAUCAUUUGUGGUACUGCAGCCUUUUUUUGCUGGUACUAUCCAAUUGGCCUUUAUCACAAUGCCUCAGAAACAAACACUGUCCAUGAAAGAGGAGCCACUAUGUGGUUCACCAUUGUUCUCUUCUACAUUUACACCUCGUCAAUGGCUCAGUUGUGUAUCUCGUUCAUUGAGUUAGCCGAAAAUGCUGCAAACUUAUCGAUAUUUUUAUUCACAGCCUGUUUGAACUUUUGCGGUGUUUUGGUUCCUAAAGACAAAAUGCCAAAGUUUUGGCUUUUUAUGUAUCGGUUUAACCCAUUCACCUAUUUGGUAUCGGUCGUCCUAUCAGUUGGACUUGCUCAUUCCAGCGUCGAGUGUUCAGAAUCUGAACUUCUUCACUUCCUUCCUCCGCAAGGAAUGCUGUGUGAGCAAUAUAUGAAGCCCUACAUGGCCAAAGCAGGUGGCUACUUGACAAAAGAACACAGUGUCAACGGUAGCUGUGUGUAUUGUACUAUGAAGGACACUGGGCCUUUCUUGAAGUCUAUUAACGCAGAUUACCAUACUCGGUGGAGGGACAUCGGAGUUUUCAUUGCGUUCAUAGUAUUUGACCUCGUGUUGACUAUUGGGUUCUACUGGCUCUCCAGAAUCCCUAAAGGCAGUCGCCAGAAAAAGAAGUGA